AUGUGGAUAAAAUGUCGCUCCAUGGUUGCAGAAUUUUGCUUUCCUUCUUCCCUAGUUACUGACCAAGAGAGUGCUCCAGGUGCUCAAGGAGAGAAUGCUCCACCAGCUCAAAGCCCUCAGCAGCCCACCAGUACCGUCACAGGCAUGGAAGAUUCCAGUACAUCAGAGAUUGACAAGAAAGAGGAAGAACAAUUCACUCAAAGUACUGACUUAGCCACUGAUGCGAAUCCCAAAUCUAUAGAAUUGAUUAGUAAGAAAAGCGGCGUGCUCUUGAUCACCCUUGUGUCCUUCCUCAUUCUCACACUCUUCAUCAUUGUCCAGCUCUUCGUAAUGAAGCUGCGGAAAGCGCACGUGGUAUGGAAAAAGGAAAAUGAAAUUGCAGAUAACAUACCGGAAAAUUACAAAUUUAGGUCAAACAAUGAAGAAACAUCAUCCCAAGAGAAAAAUGGUCAAAAUUCCCACCCUAAGAGGUGCAUGAACUAUCUCACACGAUUAUAUACAGCAGCAAAGUCAAAGAGGAAAGGAGCUGCACGACAGUCACAAGUAAUAGCCAUGGGCUCUCGUAUCCCAGAGAGUGUGGUAUAGCCCCGGCAACAGGCAGUCUCAGUUCAGGGCAGCUGCCUGCCUUGUCCCUCAAAGGAUCACCUGCUGGGAAGGAGCACAAUUGCUGCAUUCAGAGUACAGUGCAAGAUGAUGUCCUCUGAUGUUAUUCUACACCAGAGUCAGGGUAACCGGAUCAGGACCAAGUCACGGACAUACUGCUUCAUGGUUUCAAGAAAUACAGCCUCUUAUAACUGACACUACAUACUUCAGAGCAGGAGGAUUCUAUUAGGCUAUAUGGAUCACGGUCAAGGUGACCAGCUAAUAUCUUGCUGUGGAGGGAGCGGAAUUUUAAAGUGCUAUGCUCAGGUGGAGCUGCUUAAGAAAUAAUAUUAAUAAUUAAAUCUCUUCUUCCGCUCUCCAAAUAAAGGACAUUAAGAUGAAAAGGCCCUAAAGAACAUAUCUGACUCCAAGGAGGUCACUUUAAAGAGAGGCUUUAUAAAGAUAACAAACAUCUGCAAGGAGAGAUGCUACAUAAUAACAAAAUGGAACCAUAAUUUAGCUUAAUUGAUCAAGAAUGUCUGCUAGAGCUUUGUGCUCGUGGAAAGAACUAUCUAUAGCAGAUCAAAUUGGCAACGGGAGCUUCAAAGAUUAGAUGAGAAUUUAGGGGGUGGUGUGUUUGUGUUAAUGGUGGAGGAAUCCUGUGGGAAAGGAGGGGCAAUCCUUGCGAAACUGGCCAAUGUAGUCACUGUGCCUGAAUUGCACAUGGAGUCAUUGAGCUAGUGUCUGUUUUGGUGUGUGUAUUUUCAUAUACGUAUACUUAAAAUCAGAGUGAUACUAAUGAAUGGGUCUGAUGAACAUGAGUACUCCAUGGAGUUAAUGCAAGAAAACCCAAAGAUUAUAUUUUCUUGCCAAAUCACAAGGGUUGACCUGAUUCAGAAAGUGUUUAUCUGGACACUACAAAAGGAAAAAAUGACUUUAAUCUAUUGCUUAUUGACCUUUUAAAUGCUUUUAAGAGUAGCUUUUUUAAUAAAAAGCAAU